ACCCUAAACUUUCAAAAAUACACUUAAAUUCAUCUGUUAGUAUUUUUGAGAUUAUUAUAUAGAUUAAAUUCAUCAUUAUGGAGAAAAGUUCGAUUACUUGAUAAUGAUAUAAAAAAAUACACGAGAAGGAUACUUUUGACAUUAUACAAUGUUUAACUGACGGAAUAGACCCAAGUGUUUAUUUUUAAAAGUUCAGGGCAUUCAAGUAUUACAUAUCUGUCACUACUCCAAAGUAUAAGGUACUUGUCUGUAAUUUACCCUAUUUUUUCUUUCUUUUUGGUUGAAAAAAAAUAAAUGAAAUUAGAUGAUCGAAACUUGAAAUAUCCAGCCGCUUACUGACGUUGUAGUUAGCCUCCAUUUGUUGAACACUAGCCACUAGCCAUGGAGCGAGGGAAGGCAUCCAAGAAAUCUUCUGCUAUUUCUUUGCAACAAUUCGUCUCGAUCAUGGCUCCCUUAAUCGAUAUGGAAAAGGAGGCCGAGAUAUCCGCCUCUAUCACCUCAGGCUCAUCGAGGACCCUGGAUACUGCUCAAAAGAGGGGCUCCACCAUUCUCAAUCUAAAAUGCGUAGAUGCUCAGACAGGGCUAAUGGGUAAAACGCUUCUAGAGUUCCAAUCUAAUAAGGGAGAUGUUCUUCCUGCUCACAAGUUCGGGACUCAUGAUGUGGUUAUUUUAAAGCCAAACAAAGCUGAUUUAGGAUCUUCUUCCCUUGGACAGGGUGUAGUCUAUCGACUAAAGGAUUCUUCAAUCACUGUUGCUUUUGAUGAUAUACCAGAAGAGGGACUAAACAGUCCUCUCCGUCUUGAAAAGGUUGCAAAUGAGGUGACAUACCGGAGAAUGAAGGAUGCCUUGAUACAACUGAGCAAAGGUGUGCAAAAGGGACCUGCUGCUGAUUUGGUCCCUGUAUUGUUUGGCGAGAAACAACUUGCAUUCUCAAAGAAGGGUGUCUCUUUUACUCCAUUUAACUCCAGACUUGAUCACUCACAGAAAGAAGCAAUCUCAAAGGCCCUCUCCUCCAGGAAUGUAUUUCUACUUCAUGGGCCUCCAGGAACUGGAAAGACAACAACCAUCGUGGAAAUUAUCUUGCAAGAAGUGAAACGUGGAUCAAAGAUUCUUGCCUGUGCUGCUUCUAAUAUUGCUGUUGACAACAUUGUUGAACGGCUUUUUCCUCAUAGGGUAAAGUUGGUGAGGUUGGGGCAUCCUGCACGUUUGUUACCUCAAGUAUUGGAGAGUGCACUUGAUGCACAGGUUUUACGAGGGGACAAUAGUGCUCUGGCAAAUGACAUCCGCAAGGAAAUGAAGGCUUUGAAUGGAAAACUGUUGAAGGCAAAGGAUAAAAAUACAAAGAGGGACAUCAGGAGGGAGCUCAAAGCUCUUUCCAAAGAAGAGCAAAAAAGGCAGCAACUAGCAGUCACAGAUGUAAUAAAAAAUGCAGAAGUGGUACUGACAACUUUGACUGGUGCAUUUUCUCGAAAUCUUGAGAACACUUCAUUUGAUUUGGUGAUUAUUGAUGAAGCUGCCCAGGCACUAGAGAUAGCAUGCUGGAUGGCAUUGCUGAAGGGUUCAAGAUGUAUACUUGCAGGAGAUCAUCUUCAGCUUCCUCCAACCAUACAGAGUGUUGAAGCUGAGAGGAAAGGCUUGGGAAGAACCCUUUUUGAGCGCCUUGCAGACCUGUAUGGAGAUGAAGUCACAUCUAUGCUCACUGUUCAGUACCGCAUGCAUGAACUUAUUAUGGAUUGGUCGUCCAAAGAACUAUAUGAUAGUAAGAUUAAAGCCCAUUCAAGUGUUGCUUCACAUAUGCUUUAUGAUCUUGAGGAUGUAAAGAGGACAUCUUCAACAGAACCCUCACUUCUUCUUGUGGACAUAGCUGGGUGUGACAUGGAAGAGAAAAAGGAUGAGGAGGACAGCACAAUGAAUGAGGGUGAGGCUGAGGUUGCUAUAGCUCAUGCUAAAAGACUUGUUGAGAGUGGGGUCCGAUCUUCUGAUAUUGGAAUUAUCACCCCUUAUGCUGCACAGGUUGUCUUGUUGAAAAUGCUGAGGAGCAAAGAGAAUAAGCUAAGGGAGAUGGAAAUCUCUACUGUUGAUGGCUUUCAAGGUCGGGAAAAAGAAGCAAUUAUUAUAUCCAUGGUCCGAUCAAACUCAAAGAAAGAGGUUGGGUUUCUAAGUGACCAUAGGCGAAUGAAUGUGGCUGUAACACGAGCAAGGAGACAAUGUUGUCUUGUCUGUGAUACUGAAACUGUGUGUGGUGAUGGGUUCUUGAAGCGUUUGAUUGAGUAUUUUGAGGAGCAUGGCGAGUAUUUGAGUGCAUCAGAGUACAGGAAUGAAUGAGCCAGCACCACACAUGACUUGAUGAUGUUACUAGACUGACCUUGUAUUCUAUUUACUACUCAGGAAGGCCUUCAUAUGUUCACUUGGUCAGUUGUUGGUCAGACUAGCUCCACAUAUUGGGCUCUGUUUUCAUCAUGGAUAUACACCAAGGUGAGCCUGCCGAAUUCCAUUUUGCCAUAGCAUCCGGAAAGAACUUUAUGGUGAUUAUCUGCAUUUCUGAACAGGAAAAGAAAAGGAGAGGGUCAUAACAUAUAAACAACGUUGGUCUCAUUCUGAGUUUCAUGGAAAUAUUUUUCAAGUGCUUCAACCAAUAAAAAAUGACAAAACUGGGAUCCUUUGUUGAUCGACACUAUGCUAAGUUAUUACAUUUAUAUUCAGGAUUAGAUCUUAUUCUACAAGGUUUAGGAAUUCGGUGCUCUCUGUCUAA